AUGACUUCCCCAAAGAGAACUCGGCUGCAGGCAUUCAAACAUGCAUUUUCGUCGCCAUCAGCAUUUCGUCAAGCCCUCGUCCUUUCGAGCUCGACAUCCUUUUUAAUCAAUGAAGAUUUGGCCCCCUCCCCGCCCAGCAAACAGACGUGGACAGUCUGGUCAUUCUUUGCGUACUGGUGGAGCGAGUCAUGGUGUGUGUCGACAUGGGCGGUCGGUUCGUCCAUGAUCACCCUCGGCGCUUCGAUCCGCGAUUCCCUCAUCGUUGUCUUCUUUGCCAACUUAUUCUCCGCUCUCGUUAUCGUGUUGAAUGGACGUGCUGCAGCUCGCUAUCAUAUCGGGUUUCCGGUAGUCGCCCGUGCCUCCUUUGGUAUCUACGGUCACUAUUUUGCUGUAUGUCUAAGAUGCAUGGUCAGCAUCAUAUGGGGCGGAGUGAAUCUAUAUUUCCAAGGCCAAUUUAUCUCGAUCUGCCUACGGUGUAUCUUUCCUGGUUGGAACACGAUGAAGAAUCCGAUUCCUAAGAGCCAGGAGAUCACGAUUCAGACUCUAAUCGGAUAUAUCCUGGCCUUUUUCACGACAUUGCCAUUUGUCUUCAUCCACACCUCGAAGAUUCAGAAACUAUUCCACGUCAAAUCUGUCGUAAUGCCGGCAGCUGGACUAGGGAUUGUCAUAUGGGCCAUUACUACCAAUGGUGGAGUGGGAAGUCAAAAGCUUGAGCAAACAGCCCCGCCGGUCUCAAGCGCAGUCUAUGCUUGGGGAAUGAUAGCGCAGGUAAACUCCGUGCUGGGCAUCAAUUCUGCUUUACUCGUAACUGUUCCCGACCUGGCAAGGUACUCUAAGACCCAAAAUGCUCAGGUAUGGGGCCAGAUACUCAGCCUUCCGCUUGGGCAGACACUCUGUGCAGCUUUUGGAAUCCUCUCGACGUCUGCUGUUUUCAACCUGACUGGAAAAUCCUUCUGGAAUCCCUAUGAUUUACUUCACGGCAUUCUCGAUUACACAUCAUACUCCUCUGGUGCUCGAGCAGGGAUUUUCUUCGCAUCUUUUUCCUUCGCUUUCGCUACUCUAGGGACUUCAAUCGCUUGCAAUUUCAUUCCUCUCGCGGCUGAUGUGACAGCAUUGUUGCCGAAAUACAUCAACAUAAUCCGAGCCCAGCUCUUAUGCUUAAUCGUUGCAUUCUCAAUUGUCCCUUGGCGCAUAAUCGGCUCGUCAGCCAGUGGUUUUCUGAACUUUCUCGAUGGGUACUGCAUCUUCCAGGGUCCCAUAGUCUCCAUAAUGCUGGUAGACUACUUCCUCAUCCGCCGAGGCAACCUCCUCGUCAAUCCCGGAUCUGCCAGCAGUGCCACACACGGCGACCAUCACAUUGCUGCUUCUCCCGAUAGCCUAGGUGACAGCUUGGCUAGCAGAGAGGAAGACGGCCUUUACACUGCCUCCGCACAUGGUCGAUACUUCUACCUUUUUGGAUUCAACAUUCGAGCAUUUCUAGCAUUCAUUGCCGGCUUUCUCAUUCCACUACCAGGUUUCAUACAGAGUUUCAACCCCACCCAUGAUAAUAAAUUGGACGUCGCGUCAAAGCUGGUUACGUUAGGUUGGCUAUUGAGCUUUUUCAUUGCCGGUAUGGUGUACUGGAUCGAAUGCUUCAUAUUCCCUGUGCCCGGAAAUGACGGCGAUCAUGGUUUCGAGACCGCACGGAUAUAUACAGAGGAGUGGAAAGCUGAGAGGGUGCCACACACGUGUAUUGAUGAUGCGGAAGUACUUCAGGUGGCUGAAGAAGGAAAGAUUGAGAAACAUGUGCAGCAAGUCCAGGUGACGAUUAGUAGCUGA